GGAGUUGGUGCCUGUGCAAGGAGCUGCAUAUUGACUUCUGGCUCUGGAGCCUCAGUUUGGCCACCCCUGCUCUAUCCCAUGGGAUCCCCAGAGGAUAAGCUUCGGCUAGAGCUCCCAUUUAGGAGACUUCUCCAACCUAAACCAGUCCAUCCUAGUGGUGUGGCCUGACUAAAAUCAGAUCAACAGCAGGCAGUGUCACUGUGACUAUAAAUGACUUAGCAUCUAUUUACGUCUGAGUGCCAAUGCCAUCUGUUUAAAAUUUGAAAACAAAACCGAUCUUUGAUUCCAAGUUGCAGAUUUAACUAUGGCAUUUCUUUUUAGCGCCUCAGCAUUUUUCAGGCUGCCAGUCAAUGGGAUGCAUCUGAUGACAUAUAUAUCUGUAAUCGCUAAAAAGUUAAAAAUAUCCUUCAGUUAAGUGGCAUAAUGUUAUUUAAACAAAACAAAAUAUCUGUAAUAUAUGUUUUCUUUGUAUGUGACUAGUGGCAAGAGGACAGAGGCGCCAAGCUGACAUUUCACUAAAUCUCUCAGUUCUAUGAUGCUGUUGGGAAAAUUCAUACAACCAGUGCUCAACUUAAAGAAACUAUCAACCCCAGGUGCAUGCAGGCACUUCUGGGGAUGGCUGAAUGCAGUUUUUAACAAGGUAGAUUAUGAACGUAUACAGGCUGUUGGCCCUGAUAGAGCAGCUUCUGAAUGGCUUCUGCGGUGUGGGGCGCUGGUUCGUUUCCAAGGCUAUGAUAAAUGGCAGCAUGACUACAAUGGUCUCCCAACAGGGCCUUUAGGAAAAUACAAGAUACAAGCAAUCGAUGCCACAGAGUCCUGCAUCAUGUACCGAGGAUUUGAUUAUUUGGAUGGUCUCAAACACGUUGAAGAAAUUAAGCUGAGCAACUGUAUUUAUAUCCAGGAUGAAUGUCUGCAGAGGAUCAGUGAGACUGAGAGUUUACAGAAAAGCCUCCUGCGACUGAUGAUAAUUUCCUGUGGGAAUGUCACAGAUAAAGGCAUCAUAGCACUCCACAAACUAACGAAACUUGAAUAUUUAUUUCUGAGUGACCUUCCUGGGAUAAGAGAGAAAGAAACUACUGUUCAGAUCCUUAAGAAAUCAAUGCCAUCACUGGAGCUGGAAUUAGAUUUAGAAUAAAGGCAUCUUUAUGU